GCAGCAGCAGCAGCCACCUCCCUUCCUCACAGCCGCACCUGUCGUCCACAGACGGCAGCCCUCAUCACCUUUAACUUAAAGCCAUCACACCCACCCAGCAUGUCCCAUUCGUCGUUGCCUCGGCCAAGCGGUGUAAAGAGCGAUGCAUAUCCGCCCUCAAAUCCCCGCUCGCCGGAGUACACCUCCACCUACGCAAGUUCCACAGGCUUGAGCUCCUCCGGCGAUCACCCGCCUCCUCUGAAUCUGGAUUCGGUUUCCGAGAGAGUCAUCGAGCUCAGUCCCAACAAUCGCUAUGCCAAGCUGAAUCAUCUCCUCGGCACCGGCGCCUUCAAGGUUGUCCACAAAGCAAUUGAUCGCGAAGAAGGCAUCGAGGUGGCGUGGAAUGCUUGUCCGACCACCAAGGCCGAGUUCAACGAGCUCAGCGAGGAGAUUGAGAUCCUGAAGAUGGUUCGACACCCAAACAUCAUCCAGUUCUACGACUGCUGGUACAACAACACCGAGUUUGUGUUUGUCACGGAACUGAUGACCUCGGGAACCCUUCGAGAAUAUAUCCGCCGGUUGUCCAUUCCGAACGUGAGAGUGGUCAAGCGGUGGUGUCGGCAAAUCUUGCGAGGUCUGCAAUAUCUGCACUCUCACAACCCACCAAUCAUCCACCGCGACAUCAAGUGCGACAACAUCUUCAUCAACGGAUCACACGGCGAGGUCAAGAUCGGAGACAUGGGAACCGCCAAGAUGAAGUGGGGCAAAAAGUACACCGUCAUUGGCACUCCCGAGUUCAUGGCCCCCGAGAUGUACGACGAGGCCGGCUACAACGAAAGCGUGGAUAUCUAUGCCUUUGGCAUGGCCCUGCUUGAGAUGGUCACGGGUGAGUACCCCUACCAGGAAUGCACCAACCCCGCUCAGAUUUUCAAAAAGGUCACGCAGGGAGUCAAGCCCAACUGCCUGUCACGCGUUCGGGAAAAGGAAGUCCUCGACUUGAUCAACCAGUGCAUCGGCGAUGAAAAGGACAGGCCCACUGCUCAGCAGAUCCUCGAGCAUCCGUUCAUGGCUAUCGAGCCUGAAGUGUUGCUGCUGGAAGCCAACGAAACCAAAACCCAGCUCUCCAUGCAAGUGGUGUUCAAGGAUAUGGACAAACUGUCGAGACUGAAGUUUGAGUUCAACGCCGAGACCGAUACGGCAGAACAGGUUGUGAGCGAAAUGAUCCACGAGCAGGUCCUCUCGUCUCGGUACCAGCAUCUGAUCACAACCGAAAUCAAUCGAAUAUUGAAGGAGCUACAACGUCCCAUGCUGGAGGACGAUCGCCAUCGAGAGGAAUCCCGUCUCAACCGCCGAAGCGCAAGUGCCCGCUCCCAGGGCGAGCGAGACGACGAUAUGCAGCGGACCCGCUCCGACUCGCGCCCUCCGGCCAGCUAUCUGCCGGACGUCAUCCCCAUGCAGCGCGAGGGCUCGAGGCCGUCGUCAACGUCAAGUGAGCACAGCACCUUGACUCGAAAGCCCUCCCAAAACGAGAUGGACAACGAGAUGUACGAGCAGAUUGCCAGAAAAGAAUAUGCCGAUGACGUGUUGGUGAGCGAGCUUGUCAAGGACACUGCUGAAGGCGCCGGACGAGGUGUGGAGAAAGGAAACGAGUGGCUGCAGCGACUCCACAACCAGGAUAUCAUGACGAUCGGCGAUCUGCGACAACUGACCGACCCCGACUGGGACAAUUUGGGACUGACCGUCUUUGCGGCAAGAGCCCUCAAAAAUGCCCUCACCGGUAAACCCAGCCGACAAAACAGCGCCGCCGCGAAGCCGUUAGUCCGAUCCUCGAGCUCUAACGGCGUUGCCCUCAGCAACGCCGCUGUUGUGCCCGCAAGAACAGACUCAGGUUCCCAGAACCCCCUGUCCUGAAGACCGCCUGCUCUCCUCGCCUCCUGCUGUUGUUUUUUCUUUCCUCGACCUAUUUUAGACCGCCUUUAUGCCGCCGCGCCGGUACCGCCUCGCCUCUCCCAUAUCCAACUCCCUCUCCCGGUUCCCUCCCCCUCGUUUGAUUUUCUUUCAAGUCCCGCGACAAACCUUGUAUGUGCUCCCAAAAUGGCUCGGGUAUAUGCGGCGUCCCUGUCGCUGA